UCUCCUGCGGUAGGACCGACCAGUGAAGGUGGUGUGAUAAAGCUGCAGAAUCUCGAGAUGUGAUAAUGUACCCUCGUGCGAAGGAUGCGCCGUGACCGCUCGUGGAUAUCUAUGGAAGGGUCAGGACUCCUGACAGUCAGAGGGCUUCAGUCUACAGCAGAGACCAGAAGACGUCCCAGAACAGAGAGACCAGCAUGAGGCUUCAGAUACGCUGGGCAGCACACAGACGUGUGUUAGCAGCAGCUGUCGUGGUUUUCCUCGGCCUGGUGUUGGUCUCUAUGCAGCUGCUGAGCACAGGACCAAUCAAACCUGCAGAGUGGGUCAUCAACCCUGCACAUAGAAAGCUGGUGCAUGAAUAUGUGCAGAGAGUCUUAGAGAGUCAGUGUCGCCCUGGCAGCACCAGACAGAGCUUGUUAACUCAUCUCCCUGCUUCCAGUCACAAUGUCCAGCCCUUCCUGUGGAAAGAUGAACCGCUGAAUGAUGACCUUUUCUUGUAUCCCCCGCCGUUUGGGUUCAGAGGUCUUCAGAGCAAAGUAGCAGAACUGCAAAAACUGCUACCAGCCUCAGACUCACCACAGCCUGAGAAGGCUGCAGGGAAAUGUCAGCGCUGUUUGGUCAUGGGAAACGGAGGCAUUCUCAAAGGCUUGGAGCUUGGCCCGGUGAUUGACCGCUUUGACACCAUUAUCAGGUUAAACAGAGGUCCACUGGGAAAGUUCAGCAUUGACGUUGGGAAUCGAACCACCAUCAGGAUGAGUUACCCGGAGGGCACGCCUCUUAGCUGGGCUGACACAGACCCAGACACUCUGUUUGUGACGGUGGUGUAUAAAAGCGGAGACAUCAGCUGGAGCUCUGCUAUGAUCAACAAGCUCUCUGUGCCUCUGUGGGAUUGGUUCUUUUUCUGGCAGAAGGUUCCAGAUAGAAUCCCUCUCAAAGCCAGUAAGUUCAGACUUCUAAACCCACAUGUGAUCAGAGAGACUGCACUGGACCUCCUGAAAUAUCCUCUUCCCAGGCCACGCCUGUGGGGCUGGGACCAGAACAUUCCCACUCUAGGUGUGUCUGCGCUGACUCUAGCUAGCCUGCUGUGUGACGAGGUCAGCCUGGCAGGCUUUGGCUACAACCUCUCCCAGCACGGGGCGCCACUGCACUACUAUGACCAGCUGCCUAUGAGUGCCAUGCUGGAGCAGAGCAUGCACAACGUGAACAGAGAGACUGAGCUCUUGCAAAGACUGGUUAGAGAGGGAACCAUCACUGACCUGACAGGGGGGAUCCACUGCUCCUACUGCCACAGCUGACCCACCACAGCCUUCUAGUGCAGAGCGCUUCCUUUUUGUGGUGGGAACAUUUUCAUAUCCUCUCUGAGGCACUGAACAGAAGUCAAGCAAGAGUCACAGGAUAUUUUUAACAAAACACUUUAUGAAGAACUGCUUUGUUUAUAAUGAGAAAGGGCCUUGGACCACAGUCUUGUCUUUGCUCACACACACGUGUUGCAAAGCUUCCAGUUUGUAAUAACUGAUUCUCAUCAGCAAUGCAUCAGGAGCUUCUCAGUAUUUGAGUUACUUUUAGUUGUGGAACACGACCAGUAACUUGUAAACAGUGUUAUUCGGUAUCAUGAUUGUUGUGAUUGUUCUGAUGCAAGUUAAAAUUAUGUUUGUACAGCAGUAAAUUAUCAGUGGAACAAAAUGAAUCUGUAUUCAGUUGCACAGAUUGGACCAAAGUGUCUUCAGCUGUUUUUAGCAGAUUCACUUCGUUGUGAUAUUGAAAAAGUCUGCUUUGCUGCUCUUCCCGAGUGGCUGAUCUUUGAUAUCUGUGGUGAAAAUAAAAUGUGAUUUAUAAUUUUAUUUUUAUUAUUUCUACAUCGUUGUAGUUUUAUUUGACUUGCACUUUUUCAUGUUAACAUCCAAUUUCCUGAUCUGAAUUUUAAUAUGUCGCAGCCAUGUGAGCAUCCUGUGUCGGUCUUCAUUAAUAAAGUCCAAAAAAGAAGAAA